AUGGCAAAUCAUUCAUUUGUUGAUACAAACAAUCAUUUUCAUAUCAAUAAAGAAAAUAUUAAACUUCAAGAGGAAGAAUUAUCUACAAAAUUAAUUAUUAAAAAUGAAACAAUUGAUGAGAAUACUGCAAUGGAGGUUGGGCAAAUGAAAAAUGAAAAACCAGAAGAUGACAGUAAUGAUUUUGAUAGUGUUGUGAGUGUAAAACAAGAACCUGUUAGUGAAAAUGAUGAACAAUUGUACACAAUUAAUUAUGAAAAUAUUAAACUUGAAAAAGAACUAAAUACAGAACUGAUUAUUAAAGAUGAAAUACUAGAUGAAAACUCCAUUUUAGAACCACAUGAGGUUCAUACUGGAAGAAAAAAUCAAUCAUUUUUAUAUAAGCAAGCUUUAGUUGUUCAUAAUCGUAUUCACAGUCGAGAAAAACCAUUUUCAUGUGAUAUUUGUAAUAAAAAAUUUACUCAGAAAGGUAAUUUACUUAAACAUAAACGUAAACAUAGUGGAUAA